AACUCAUACAACUCUUGAACUUAACUCCUUCGAGUUAUUUUCUCCAACACUUCUUCGCAAUUUCAGUUGAGUUUCAAAUUACACUUCUUCUUUCUUUUCAUUUUUUCCCUAUUUCAUCAAACUCUGAGAGAAAGAAUCUCUUGUUUUUAGAAAGAAAAAGAAAAAGAAAUGGAGUCGAGAGAAGUGCAGGGAGCGGCAGCGGGGGGAAGGGGAUUACAGGCACAACAAGCGCAGCAGAUGGUAAUAGGACCCACGUCUUCAUCGUAUCCGUCCAACUCCACCUUGAUCACCUCCAAUCAGACGGCUAAUAUCCCUCCUUCUUCAGCUCAUCGUUUCUCUUUCAACCCCUUAACUUCGCCGCCUCAGCACCAUUUACAACAGUUUCAUCAACAGCAUCAUCAUCAUCAACAACAUCAUCAAAACCAACAACCACUCAAGCCGCUUCAUUCUUUGAACUCCGUCGCCUUUGAUGGAUCGCCGCAAUUUCAGUACAAUACAGAGCCCACCAUUAAAAAGAAGCGAGGUAGGCCUAGGAAAUAUGCUCCUGAUGGUAACAUUGCUUUACAAUUGGCACCCACUACCCAAAUUCCUAGUCACUCCGCCAAUCACGCUGGUAACGACUCCGUCGGUUUACCAAGUGUUGGUGCUGCCGCUGAACCGCCUCCUAAAAGGAAUCGUGGAAGGCCGCCCGGUUCUGGGAAAAGACAGAUCGAUGCAUUAGGUGGAGUUUCAGGGGUGGGAUUUACUCCUCAUGUGAUCACCGUGAACACCGGUGAGGAUAUAGCAUCAAAGAUUACUGCUUUUUCACAGCAAGGGCCACGCACGAUCUGUAUUCUCUCUGCAAAUGGUGCUGUCUGUAAUGUUACACUCCGCCAGUCUGUAUUAUCUGGUAGUAUGGUGAAAUUUGAGGGCCGAUAUGAAAUUAUUUCUUUAUCAGGUUCGUUCUUGGUUUCUGAAAACAGUGGUAGUUGCAGCAGGACUGGUGGAUUAAAUGUUUCCUUGGCUGGGUCUGAUGGUCGAGUGGUAGGUGGUGGAGUUGUAGGCGCACUACAGGCAGCAUCACCAGUUCAGGUCAUUGUUGGCAGCUUUAUUGCGGAUGGGAGAAAACAGAACUUAGAUGUUUUCAAAACGGGACCUCUCAUGCCAACGUCAAAUAUGCAAAACUUUGGGGGUCCAGGGACAGCAGGUAGUUCUCCGUCGCAAGGUGGGUCAAGCGAGUCUUCUGAUGAAAACGGUGGUAGCCCUCUUAAUGGAGGGUCUGGAUUCUAUAGUAAUUCGGCUCCUCCAUCCAUGCAUAAUAAUAAUAUGCAAAUGAAUCCACAAAUGAACUCACUUUGGCCUGGCCACACUCAACAAUGAAGAUGCCUGCUGCAUUCUGAAUUAAACAGUUGAGCGCUUGGGGCUCGGGCAUCAACUUGGUGACUGUUCUUGCAUCGAAUAUGCAACACCCUUAGCUGUCAAACUGGGAAAGAAUGGUGGAGAAUCAAUUUUCUUAUAGAUCCAGUCUUUUGUUCUUUCUUGUUGAGUAGUUUUUUAAGUUUUCUUCACCUCACUAAAAAAUGACUGCUUUUGACACCUUUUUCUUUAGAAUCUCAAAUUUACUUUGGUCAGAGUGUUUGUUCCUCCUCUUCUUCUGGUUGGUGCUUUUAGAGUUUAGAUGUAAGACUCGUUUUUAUGGAUCUGAAUAUGAUAGGAGUCUUCUAUAGUUCUCAA